CAUAUAAAUUAUUUGAUCCAUCCAUUAAAUUGGUUUCGGUGCUUUUCUGUUUAAAACAAUCUUGUUAUUUAAAAAAAAUAAGUUAAUUUCCACAAACACACAUACAAGAUGUAUAUUCCAAGCAAUUUAUCAAUAGCUUUAUCGAUUUGGCCACAUAGAUCAUCAUUGAAUAGAAAAAGAUCUGUUCAUAUCAUUCGAUUGACAACAUCAUCAUUUGAUCAAUUAUUCACAGAGGAAUCAGCAUCAUCAGUUUCAUGGAUAUUUAGUGGUGGAAUGUUGGCAUUUUUUAUACUAAUUCUAAUGAUAUUUAUUAUAUUUUGUUUGAUGACACAUCCAAAGAUCCGUAAAAGGAGAACAACAAUCCAUUCUAAUGAUAGCAGUCCAGAAUCGUGUAUCAUACCAUUCGAUGAUGAACAACAGAAAAAUACUAACAAAAUGAUGAUGAUGAAACAGAAUCCACCUCGUGUUGAUUCUUCUAAUCUUCAAUCAUUAUCAUUAACAAAUCUGGAUAGUUUAGAACGAAUAGAUUUAUUAAGAAGCUCGACAAAAUCAUCAUUAAAAGUUAUUGAUAAACGGAGACAACCGUAAUAAACAAAUGAAUAGCUGCUGAAAUUUAUGAAAUUUGAAAG